AUGUCCCAGGCCCUGGGCCCACUCGGGGAGCUGCCCUCUGGCCUCAUCACAGAUGAGUCCUGGAAAGUUCAGGGUGAUCCUCAUAACAGCAUCUGUUCUUACUCUCGUGUCACAGGUUUAGUUAAUGUCACAUAGUUGGAUGGUAUUAUGUGGGUAAUUUGAUUUGACUUGCGCUGAUAUUUCAAGUUAGAGUUGGCUGGUGCUCUGUCUGUCACAUGUUGAAUAGUUUUCCCUUGCUCCUACCUACAACUGGAACUCCCAACUGUUUACCUUUUUUUGGAGGCAUUGGGUGAUUUCUCAAAGUAAAUAAAGAUGAUGUAGACUCUCAAGUUCCAAUUUCAGCUGAUUGUAGAAGCUUCAUAGAAAUUCUCACCUUCACUUUCCAGCUGACUUUUUUUUAAAGGAAUUUAUGAUUGCUCAAUUCCUCUGCAGACAGCUGUUGCAAACUAGCCUAAUGUCCUGUAGAAUGUUGAUUUAGUGUUACACAGAUCUUCCCAAGGAUUGGAAAUAUGGUGCUACGUCACUGACAUUUCUAAAACACAUUUCCAUGUGGAAACUGAGCCUCAUCUGCAGUCAAUCAUAAUUUUUGCUGUUUUAAUGUGGUUUGAUACAUUUAGCAAUUUUAUAUAGCCUAACUUGAUUUCCGUUUAAAAACAUGUUUAUUUCAAAGACAUGUGCCAAGAUUCAAAAACUCUUUGGAGACUCCUUUGACGUGAUUCAAAGCCAACACAACGAUCCUCAUUGAUUUUUGUGAGCAUUGAUGUUACAUUAAAUGUAGUGUUUAUAGUAGUGCAAGUUGUCUCCCUGGAGAGGUAAUGAGGGAAACACAUCACUGCACUGUUGAGAUUAUCUAUAGGCAUGUUGAUUUGGUGCAAAAUGCACAGUGAAAAUUGAGGCCUGCAGUGUUUUAGGAGUAGCCCUCCUAACGACCCCGUGACAUUUUAGUCCUAGGAUAGUCUGGUUACCGGCAGGUCCUGUGGAUGGUCUGGUUACCGGCAGGUCCUGUGGAUGGUCUGGUUACCGGCAGGUCCUGUGGAUGGUCUGGUUACCGGCAGGUCCUGUGGAUGGUCUGGUUACCGGCAGGUCCUGUGGAUGGUCUGGUUACCGGCAGGUCCUGUGGAUGGUCUGGUUACCGGCAGGUCCUGUGGAUGGUCUGGUUACCGGCAGGUCCUGUGGAUGGUCUGGUUACCGGCAGGUCCUGUGGAUGGUCUGGUUACCGGCAGGUCCUGUGGAUGGUCUGGUUACCGGCAGGUCCUGUGGAUGGUCUGGUUACCGGCAGGUCCUGUGGAUGGUCUGGUUACCGGCAGGUCCUGUGGAUGGUCUGGUUACCGGCAGGUCCUGUGGAUAGUCUGGUUACCGGCAGGUCCUGUGGAUGGUCUGGUUACCGGCAGGUCCUGUGGAUGGUCUGGUUACCGGCAGGUCCUGUGGAUGGUCUGGUUACCGGCAGGUCCUGUGGAUGGUCUGGUUACCGGCAGGUCCUGUGGAUGGGGAUUAGAACUCGCUAUUCUUGUCUAUUCUAUUGCAGGACUGUAAUCCAACUAGAAUCUAGGGCUAACUUUAAAAGGGGAAGGCACCGGUGAAAACAUUGUGCUGUGUCUUUGCUUUGGCACGGUCUGUAUAUGUAAUCUGCCAUAUCUCUUCGCAUGCAGAUAACCUGAGACUGUUGAUAUUUUGCCAACUAGUCUGCACAUCAAGAACUUCCCAGUGUCCAAACCACUCAUUAAACUGCCAACAACAGGUGAAUGUUGAAGGAUCACCAUCCCUCAAUCAAUAAGUAUUCAACCCCUUUAUGGCAAGCGUAAAAUAAAUUCUGAAGUAAAAAUGUGUUCAAGUCACAAGUUUCAUGGACUCACUCUGUGCAACAAUAGUGUUUUUAACAUGAAUUUUGAAUAACUACCUCAUCUCUGUACACCACAGAUACAAUUAUCUGUAAGGUCCAUCAUAUGAGCAGUGAAUUUCAAACAAAGACCAGGGAGGUUUUCCAAUGCCUCGCAAAGGGCACCUAUUGAUAGAUGGGUAUAAAAAAAAACGGACAUUUUAAUAUCCCUUUGAGCAUGGUGAUGUUAUUUACAUUUUGGAUGGUGUAUCAAUACACCCAGUCACUACAAAGAUACAUGCAUGCUUCCUAACUCAGUUGCCGGAGAGGAAGGAGAAAAACUCAGGGAUUUCACCGAGGCCAAUGGUGAAUUUAACACAGUUACAAAGUUUAAUGGCUGUGAUAGGAAAGAACUGAGGAUGGAUCAACAACAUUGUAGUUACUCCACAAUACUAACCUAAUUGACAGAGGGAAAAGAAGGAAGCCUGUACAGAAUACAAAUAUUCUAAAACAUGCAUUCUGUUUGCAAUAAGGCACUAAAGUAAAACUGCAAAAAAUGUGGCAAAGAAAUUAACUUUAUGUCCUGAAUACAAAGCGUUAUGUUUGUGUCAAAUUCAACAAGCAUGGUGGUGGCUGCAUCAUGUUAUGGGUUUGCUUGUCAUCGGCAAGGACUACAAAGUUCUUUAGGAUAAAAAUAAACGGAAUAGAGCUAAGCACAGGUAAAAUCCUGUAGGAAAACCUGGUGGUCUGCUUUUCAACAGACACUGGGAUACAAAUUCACCUUUCAACAGGACAAUAGCCUAAAACACAAGGCCAAAUAUUCACUGGAGUUGUUUACCAAGACAACAUUGAAUGUUCCUGAGUGGUCUAGUUACAGUUUUGACUUAAAUUGGCUUGAAAAUCAAUGGCAGGACUUGAAAAUGGCUGUCUAGCAAUGAUCAACAACCAACUUGACAGAGGUUAAAACAUUUUUUAAAGAAUAAUGUGCAAUUAUUGUACAGUCCAGGUGUGCAAAGCUCAUAGCGACUUACCCAGAAAGACUUGCAGCUGUAAUCGCUUUCAAAGGUGAUUAUAAUAUGUAUUGACUCUGUGUUUUAGUACUUACAGUUGAAGUCGGAAGUUUACAUGCGCUUAGGUUGGAGUCAUUAAAACUAGUUUUUCAACCACUCCACACAUUUCUUGUUAACAAACUAUAGUUUGGGCAAGUCUGUUAGGACAUCUACUUUGUGCAUGACACAAGUAAUUUUUUCCGCUAUUGUUUACAGACAGAUUAUUUCACUUAUAAGUCACUGUAUCACAUUUCCAGUGGGAAGUUUACAUACACUAAGUUGCCUGUGCCUUUAAACAGCGUGGAAAAUUCCAGAAAAUGAUGUCGUGGUUUAGAAGCUUCUGAUAGGCUAAUUGACAUAAUUUGAGUCGAUUGGCUGUGUACCUGUGGAUGUAUUUCAAGGCCUACCUUCAAACUCAGUGCCGCUUUGCUUGACAUCAUGGGAAAAUGAAAAUAAAUCAGCCAAGACCUCAGAAAAUAAAUUCUAGACCUCCACAUGUCUGGUUCAUCCUUGGGAGCAAUUUCCAAAUGCCUGAAGGUACCACGUUCAUCUGUACAAACAAUAGUACGCAAGUAUAAACACCAUGGGACCACACAGCCGUCAUACCGCUCAGGAAGGAGACUCAUUCUGUCUCCUAGAGAUGAACGUACUUUGGUGCGAAAAGUGCAAAUCAAUCCCAGAACAACAGUAAAGGACCUUGUGAAGAUCCUGGAGGAAACAGGUACAAAAGUAUCUAUAUCCACAGUAAAACAAGUCCUAUAUCGACAUAACCUGAAAGGCCGCUCAGCAAGGAAGAAGCCACUGCUCCAGAACCGCCAUAAAAAAGCCAGACUACGGUUUGCAACUGCACAUGGGGACAAAGAUCAUACUUUUUGGAGAAAUGUCCUCUGGUCUGAUGAAACAGAAAUAGAACUGUUUGGCCAUAAUGACCAUCGUUAUGUUUGGAGGAAAAAGGGGGUUGCUUGCAAGCCGAAGAACACCAUCCCAACCGUGAAGCACGGGGGUGGCAGCAUCAUGCUGUGUGGGUGCUUUGUUGCAGGAGGGACUGGUCCACUUCACAAAAUAGAUGGCAUCAUGAGGAAGGAAAAUUAUGUGGAUAUAUUUAAGCAACAUCUCAAGACAUCAGUCAGGAAGUUAAAGCUUGGUCGCAAAUGGGUCUUCCAAAUGGACAAUGACCCCAAGCAUACUUCCAAAGUUGUGGCAAAAUGGCUUAAGGACAACAAAGUCAAGGUAUUGGAGUUGCCAUCACAAAGCCCUGACCUCAAACCUAUAGAAAAUGUGUGGGCAGAACUGAAAAAGCGUGUGCGAGCAAGGAGGCCUUCAAACCUGACUCAGUUACACCAGCUCUGUCAGGAGGAAUGGACCAAAAGUCACCCAACGUAUUGUGGGAAGCUUGUGGAAGGCUACCCAAAACGUUUGACCCAAGUUAAACAAUUUAAAGGUAAUGCUACCAAAUACUAAUUGAGUAUAUGUAAACUUCUGACCCACUGGGAAUGUGAUGAAAGAAAUAAAAGCUGAAAUAAAUCAUUCUCUCUACUAUUAUUCUGACAUUUCACAUUCUUAAAAUAAAGUGGUGAUCCUAACUGACCUAAGACAGGUAAUUUUUACUAGGAUUAAAUGUCAGGAAUUGUUUUAAAACUGAGUUGAAAUGUAUUUGGCUAAGGUGUAUGUAAACUUCCGACUUCAACUGUAUAUAAUCAAUCAAUUAUUGUUUUAUACAUACAUUUAUUCACAUUUCAGAGUAUUUUGUGUAGAUCCUUGAAGAAUUUAAAAUAGUAAUGUGGAAAUAUUGUACAAUCCAGGUGUGCAAAGCUCUUAGACUUUUCACUUUGUCAUUAUGUGGUAUUGCGUGUAGAUGGGUGAGGAAAAACAUCAAUUUAAUCCAGUUUAAAUUCAAGCUGUAACACAACAAAAUGUGGAAUCAGUCAAGGGGUAUGAAUACUUUCUGAACGCACUGUAAGUCUUCCACAACCAACUAACAAUUCCCUCUAACAAUUCAUUAUUUUAUCAAAAUAGUUUUACCUGCUUUUUUGCAAUCACUGAUCUGGCUUUCAAAGUAAGUCUAUUAAAAAUGCAUUUAUGUUUUUACAAAUUUCACCAGAACCAUGCAUAAUGCACAUUCACAAAUAAUUGCUAACUUCUUGUAGCAGACAUUAUAAAAAAUGUACACGUCUCAUAAACAAUCUGUCAAGGACAAGCCCACGUGCUAGUGAGUAGCCAGCUAAUCUUUAUAUUUCAAGUUUAGCCAAUUUGGAUCUAUUUGCUAGCUAAUAAGGCAAAACAGUUGAAUUAUUAUGAACACACCCUUCUCCAACUGUUUGAACAGCAUGUUAGCCUGUCCACCUUUUUCAGAUGUUGAAAUCAAGUGGCCUAUCUUAUUUCUCAGAAUGAGAACGAGUUUAUAAAACAGACUAGACAGUAAACGUUUUUUGGUUAAAAUGCUGCUUGCGGGAUGUGGGCGCGCGACAAACUGCGAGCAUUAAUUUUCCAGAAUUAAAUGUUCAUUGAUAAUCCUGUUUUAGUAGUGUCUGCUCUGUGCGCAAUUUGAACAGUUGAGACAUAUAAAAAGGGUAUCGUUAGCCUUUCUAACUUCUCUAUUACAGUAAAAUAAUGUCUCAAUGUGUUUGUGUCCGUAUGACCAAUUAUUUUGGAUCAAACCUGCAACGCAAAUAGCGAGUUGAAACCACUUGUCAUCUUUGUUGUUUUGAGUGACGGGGAGGGGCUUGGUGUGUGUGUGUGUCUCGCCAUGUGUCCAAAAUAAGCCCAAUGUGUUUCUAUGGUCUUAUUUUGGACCUAAGCUUGUCGCCUGCCUUCCCGCCUUUAGGAAAACGACUCCCAUUGUUAGGGCGGAGACGUGAGCAUCUCGUCAUUUAUAUACAGAUCACUGGUUUAAAUAGGAAGGUGCACACAGCACAGAGGGCGCGAAGGAGACGAGUUCAAAAAGACAUGAGAACAAGCGGACAUAAACGCUCAUAUAAAACAUCAAACUUGAUUCUUGCGAUACAGGCAUUUGGAAUAUCGCGCAUAAACAUACGUUUGAAUGAAUCUAAUUAAUUAGAUAUAUCGCCCAGCCCUACCCCAACUCUCUGUUCUAGCUUUGUCUUCGUCAUGCAAAGGUACGCCCCAGAGAGUAAUCUUGGGCCUAGACUCGUUGAGAUUUCUCUUAUUUGCGUGACACCAGCUGGUGGCCGUUCUCCAGUGUUGUGAACGUCCAUGGCCUGGUCAGGAGCCACACUCUGUCCUAAGGUUAGCUCUGGAACAUUCUUGGCUCUAGUCCCAGAGAAUAGUGACAUGUCAGCAGCCCAUUCAAAUGAACAGGGUGAGUGUUGCACUCUGUCAGUGGAUGGGGGAGCUAAAUUCGGUACUCUGUUUUACGUUGCAGCGGUGGGGUUAACAGAACGUGCAUGCUCCAUUAAAGGGCAGGUCUGGCUGGCUGGUUGGUUCAGACUGAGCACAGGUCUAGGUAAAACUAGAUCUCAGGAAAUAGUAUCUCUAGACAGACUGGUUGCCUCCCACAAUGCACCAAUAUUCCAGGUUACAUGUCUGUAGAAGUUCCGGCGUCAGUUGGAAAUGGGAUGCACGUCACCAGUGACUUUACUGCUGUAUCCACUUGUUGCCCUAGCUAAACAUGAGCACAAUUCCCGUCUGCAUUUUAAGCCCUAUAUACCCAAACUCAUGAUUUGUUGGGAGAGUUGCUGUCUGAAGAAGACCCUCCCUGGAUAAAAAAAACAUGUCCCCUUUCCAAAUGUCCUAGAGAAUCUGACAUCCUCCCCAGACCUAGUGCUCUGGCUCCAAGUUCUGGGUUUUAGACUAGCCAGUAAAGGCAAGAGUUGUAUUUUUACGCGUUUUGAUUGACGCACAACCACACAAACUUGACAGAGAAAAGAAAGGUAAAUUAACGAUGUAAUGGAAUGAUGCAAAAUGUAAGGAAACUAAGGAUAAAGUUAUAAAUGUAUGUUGGUGUAACUGACGGUCGACCUUAUUCAUUGUGUGUAAAGGUGGUGGAAUUAUGAGGGGAAUUAAGUCAAGGUCAGAAUACGGUGUAUCUGUAGACACCUCCGCCACACAUUCAUUUCUUUGAUCUCCACCCCAAACGAAUAGCGGGUGAAAAGCAUGCUAAUCUCAUGCUUAAGUUUAAGGUCAGAAUACGCGUGGAGAAAAAGGUACAUAAAAAGGGAAUUGUGUUCCGUUUAUGUGCACUUAACUGUGGUCGGAAUCAGCCCUAUAAUACGGAUGUGGCAAUGGGGGAAUCUGAACACACAGAUGACCGUUGUGUGUCAAGAAAAUGAAGAAGAAAUUCAUAGAACUACAACCUGUAUUUCACAGUGAGUAAUGGGAAAGUCCACAGACCAGGGGCUACCCUGUUCAAGAAGUGCCAUGUCCACAGCUACCAGUGUGAGUGAGUUCUGUGGCUCAGUGUUAGUCGUUGGAUGUUCUGCAGUGCCACCAUCCCCUCAAUGGCAGCAUCACCCUACUCUUUCCAAAGGCCCCUCUGUGCUCCAGGCAGGCUGGCCUCUUCCUGGUUCUCAUGUGAUCUCCAGAAGUGUCAAUGAGGAAGGAAACCAGAGGGACUUCCUCUAUUGCUUGUCAGAGUUGUCAGGCAUAUUCCCUCAGAAUAUAGUUCCUUUAUUCAGUCCAUUUAUGUCUGGUGAUGGGCAGGCUAGGCUAUCUUACUGAGGCUUGGCCAUGAUUAGUGGAAAACAUUUUGUGCUUUGUCUCCUAUCAAGCAAAUCAUGUUAUGCUCCUGUAUAGUAUCCUAUCAUACAACCAAUGGUUUCCUCAGUAGUGGUAUGUUUAUGGCUAGGUCUGCUUGACUUGAUAGAGUAAGCUAUACGCUGACGUGCCCAGCGGUCUGCUGUGCUGCAGACCGUUGCUUCUUUAGCAGUGUAACCCAUUGUGUAAUAGGUUUAAAGGUUUACUUUAGGUGAAAGGGGACACUUGUUUUGAGUUCAACACCAGCGUCUGUUCUUAAACCAUCUUCUUUUUCUCCCACACAUUCGGACACGGUCAGGCUUGUAGAUUAAAUGGAUGAUUACACUGUGAUGGCGUUCCAGAACCUCACGUGCUAUGGAUAGAAGUUUGUGUAGAAGUUGUUGUUUACCAAAGUUAUUUUGCUCACAACUAACUUUUUUGUUAGGCUUUUGAUGAGGUAAUUCACAUGGCUAUUCACACAACUGAUUUCAGUUUCUCUAGUCUACCUAUGUCAUUAUGCAAAUCAUAUGAUUGGCUGUGCUGUUGAGUACAUUGUGAUCAGGCAAGUCUUAUGCUCAUUGCUCAUCUGCUUUUAUGCAUGUGGUUUGCAAACAUCUAGGGAGUUUUGAUUGAUUUACUGUUUGUCCCCCAUAAUUUCACCAUAUUUAUCUGAGCCUCAUCUGGUGGCUGCUAACAGUGGAAAAUAUCAACAACAAAAAAUGGCAGCACCAGGAACACCAUUCUGAUUGGCUGGCAGUGUACCAACUGCUGGCUGUUGCACUGAAUAGCCUGAGUGAUGAAAAACAAAUGAGGACACCACACAUUUUAUUUUACUGCAGAGCAACUAGCAAGCUGCUUCUUAUGUGUACAGAUUAUUUUGCAGGAUAUGCCUGUGUGUGUAAUUGUGUUUGUCUGCCCAUGUGCCUAAUGUAGGUGAAAUAUGAAAACGUGGAUGGCCUGCUGCUUGCUUUGCAUUUAAAUCCUGUCACCCUCUAGAGGCAUGGUAUACUGGGUUGAGCGAUGUCAAGGCCACAACAUUUAGAAAGAGAGAGGAGGCUAGUUGGAGCAGCACAGCGAGGCAAUUCUGAAAAAAAAAAAAAAAAAAACUCUAAACUGAGUGCUUCAUGUGUAAUACAGAAGGUUUUUACCUCAUCCAGAAAUGACCAUUUUUAAAAGUUCCAUGCUAGCAGUGGUCCGCUGUGAGUAGUACGCAUAUGGGAGAAAGACUACUUCCUCACCUGUUGUUGCUGUGGGAAAAGUGACGCUGCUUGACAGAUUAGUCCCAUCAUAAAGGACAGCUGAACUAGAUUAUCAAGAUUACUCAUAUGGUUUCUGUACGCUUAGACUAGUUAAAGAUUCAUAAUGGUAAUACGGUGGUAAUUUGGAUGUAGUUAGAUUUCUCUUGUAGUGCACAGUGUUUAUACUGUUUUAAUGUGCCUGUCUCCUGAAUGGGCUUUACUGAACAGUCCACUUUUUUGCCCACCAAGCAGGAUCUAUGAAGUUUGACUGACUAAAUCCAUUUGUUCAGUAGGAUCAGUUUUCAUUGUGACUGUUUAUUUGUCCUCUAUCUCUCUCAGGGCCUGUCUUCACAACCGCUGAUCCGAUUUACUGGAAACCAAGGGGUAAGUGCAUUUCAAGUUUUAAAAAAACCCUAUUUUGUAUCUAUCGGAGUAAAAUUAUGUGAUCACUGUCUGCAAAUGAUGAGUUUGCACCACAGAAUUUUUCUAUUGGUAAAUAAUUAACUCAGGGACUGUGUUCUGUGUGUGUAUAAUCAAGUACUGACUAGACUGCCUCUGUAGCUGCAGUGAGCUGUAUUUGUUGUCUGCGAGUGACUGGCAGGAUUAGAUUUCCUGUCAUAUUUUGGCAGCGACAUGCGUGGCUGCAAUUACAUCUGCGGCUAUACUAGCCGGCCUAGAUAUUCCCCUCACAGGGUAGACAGACAGAAAGAAGUUCUCCUUUGUGAGAGACAAGGAACUCGUCUGGAUACACUAUCCAGACCCAGACAAGCCCCAUCACAUGCUCUUCUAGUAUGAGCAGCAUCAGCCUGUACAAAUUAGCCCCGUAGAAAUAAAUAGAUUUUCUCUAAGGCGAGCAUUGUCAUUCUCCGUAUGAGCAGUACUGUAUGCAUUCCAGACAUUUAGCGCUGCUGGUCCAAAAUCUCUCCAAACAAACCCUCACUAAUGUGAGUCACAGUGGAGCAGCCACAUUCUAAUAGUCACACAAUACUGUUUGAAAAGUAUUACCAUCUUGCCUCAUUGUUAGUGACAUUUACACUGUUUACAGUGUAGAUUAGAUUUAAUGUAUUUGUUUUCAUUUCAGACAUCAGAACAUAAACUGGAGCGGUGCCACAGAUGUUGCUAACUUGUCUAAUUUAUAUUGUUUGGAUAAUCAGUACUGUUUAGGCCUAGAUAAGCUAAAGCUAGGUGGGGUGUCUGAACAGUACCAUGUACAGAAGGUAGGUGGGUCCUAGCAAUCCAGUAGAGUCACAUGCAAUCCAGAGUCUAACGUGGUUACAGAGUCAAAGGUUUCAGUGUCCAUUGGAUUGUGCUUUAAAUAUCUUGAACAGUCUUUGCUCUCAUUUGAAGAAAUGCACGACCAUGUCUUUGUCUUUAAUUAACCAUUGUAAAUAUGGUAUUGGAACUGACCCUGUAUAUAGCUUACUUCUCGUGUUCUUAUUUUUGUGUUUUUUGUUCUCCCUUAUGUUAUUUUUAGUACUACAUUGAUAUUGAUUUCUGUAUGGUUGGGUUUAGCGCUUACCAUAAAGGCACUACUUGUGCACGUGACAUUCACUUGAAACCCUCAGUCUAAUAUUUGAUAAAGCUGGAGUGUGUUGAAGCUUCUGCGUUCUUCAUAUGGUAGUUAUAUCUCCAUCAGAUGCCUGUCUUCCCCUCCUGACUCGUAUGCUUCUAGUGGGAGCGGGAGGGAUCAGUAAUUGCUCCCGUCAACUUGAGAGAUCAGAUGGUUAGAAAAUAUGGUGUUUUUACUGGGUGUUUGAAGUGCUGAAUUAUGCAUGUGUUUAAUGGCUGAAUCAUGACUGGGCGGGAUGUGAACCUGUUCUAUUAGUUUACUGGAAUGCUAAUGAGAGCGGGGGAGUGAAGGGGAAAGCUGCUAAAUGAUGUGUUGGCUGCUCCGUGUGACCAUAGCAUUUACAUUCAUUCAUAUUGGCAGAGCUUUCAUUCACAGCCACUUCCAGGGUCAAGGUGGCAUAAUAGAACCAGCUCAAAAAAAUAUUCAGGGAAGGUAAACAGGCCAGGGAAGGUAAAUUCCUGUGUGUGUGGACGACAGAGUGUGUGUCAGUGUGUCUGGCUGUAUUUGGCAAGGAGGACAGGCCUGUGCCAGCGAUGAAUACCCCCUGCUUUGCACGGCCUCUCCCUCAGCUGUUUCAUUAAUUACAGCACUGAGGAGGACACCAGAGGAGCCGCUGUGAAGGGCCAGUCUUCUCGAGUGCCCCCGGCCUGAAAAGAGCCUUUGUUUGCAGGACUGUGCAAAAUGAGAGGGGAUGAGGGGAGCUGGAGGCAGAGAGAGAAGGGGAUUGGAAAUGGCUGUUAAAAUCCAUUCGCUUUUCAGAUGGGUGAGGGGGUAGGGUGGGUGACCGUGUCUGUCUGGUGGUGAUGGGUGCACUGGAGUGUGCUGUUCAUUCAGCUUUUUGUUGAGGAUGAACUACCCCUCUUUCCAUGCUCCCUGUUUUUCAUUUGAGUGCAUGUUUUGGUAAUAAAAUGCAUCCUUUUGGCUUGGCAUUUCCUCUGAGAGAAGGCUGCUUCCAAACCGACUGUUUGAUUAUGGCUAGAUGCUGUGUGGGUUUGAGGCUCGCUGGUUUUUAUGUGGAUAAAUAAGUAUUUUUAAGAGGGUAGUAAUUCACCACCUGACUGUAAUGUCUGUGUGAAGUUCCAGUGUCCAUAGAUAACUGCCAGUAGGCUCAGGCAGUAGCCCAUUGCUGCAGCAGUACUGUUGGUUGGUUGGCCCCGGCCUGCCUGCAUUGGGAUCAGGGCAUGUGGAGCCUCAGUCAGCCCACAGCCACAGCCAGGCCUGACUCUGUCAUCCUUUACUGUAUCAGACUGACUCACCCCUCCUUGGCCUUCCAGUGAUUCCCACUGCCUCUUAAUCAUCGCAGGUUACACACACACACACACACGCACUACCCUUGUAAAUUGUGUGUGUGUGAGAUCAACUUACUCUUACUGCUGAGAGGAGUGUCUGUGGUGUGCACAUCUGCAGUCACCGCAGUUAUCAGGAAGUGGUGAAUUGAUGAUAUUCAGCUGAACGUUUGAAUGUUUUCUUCUUAUAAAGUAAGAUUAUUGUAAUAUCCAGGCUGCUUCAGUUGGACAUUACGAAAAUGGGUCUAAUCCCAUUCAGAGUUUCGUAUAAACACACAAGGCAAUGGGUUGAUAACUCUGCACUAUGAAAGGCUAGUUCUCUUCAUGUGGAGUAUAAAAGGCAGGUUUGUACUGGAGCUGAGGCUGAGCAUCUCACGUAACCGAGACCCCAGUGUUUAUUUAUAGUUGGCCACCUGCAGGCUCCACACGUGUUAGGACCUUGGGAAACCGAGCUAGGCUGCUAGCGAGAGGGAGCGAGACCGAGAUAGCAGCCUUUGAGUAUAUCAACUGCAGGGAGCCAACAGACCAGGCCAGGGGUCAGCCUGCUCAGCCAGCCAGCCUGCCAGAACUCCCAACAACACAGCCCUCUCCCCUGGCCCUGUCUCGCUCUACCCCAGCCAGCACUCUGCCCUUCUCUCAAGCUUGGAUCUCCACUCCUGUUAGACGAGUCAGGCUUGCUCACAUACCCAGCUACCAGCUACCCCAUCAGGCAUUGGUUUAGCAUUUCCUUCCUCUCAUGGGAGUCCAAGCCCAAAUUCUAGCAUUUGUUUUCCAAUGUAGGACAGGGAGGCGUAUGGCUUUAAAAUCGGUCUUCAUUUCUCGAUCCUCUCACUGCCAGUUUAGCCUACUCACUGUUGCUCGAAGAAGAUUACGGGGUGUUUUACUGAAAACUGAACUCUGAAAGCUCAACAACACCUGUCUAGGGAUAUUGGAAUCGGGCCCCUGUGAUUUAGGCCUUUGGGCCUCAGCGCUGGGCAGUAGUCUAGGCUGUAAUUUCACUCAUUCCCAAGUUUGCCUAGAAGCAACACCUGUAACGUGGGAGCAGUAGAGCAAUUAUGGCUAAGGAGGCGUGACUACUUCAUAAAUACCUAUGGGUAACAAUUAGCUACCUGUGUUACAUUUACUUACAUUACCAGUUAAACCAGCAGAAUGUGACGGAACAGGGGGGACUUGUGGGCUAGCCUAGCUCAGUCAUGCAGUCUGUCUCUUAGCCUCAAGCCUCACCCUGUUACUCAUCAUCCUCCCACAUCGCCACCAUGCAGGCCUGAUAGACAACUACCUAUACUGUACAUUUUGUUUUUACAGUACACAUACAGGUAACUGCCAAAAUAAAGGAAACACUUGAGUAAUUGAGGGAUACUAAGUAUAUUGAAAGCAGGUGUGGUUCCUGAGUUAAUUAAGUACUUAACAUCCCAUCAUGCUUAGGGUGAUGUAUAAAAAUGCCCAGUUGCCCAUAGAAGAAGAGAUCUCAGUGACUUUGAAAUAGGGGUCUUCAAAGGAGCAUAGGGGGUUUAAAGAGUGUGUGUGUCUCAGUCACCUGAUCUGGAGCGGCGCCUGAGACAGCGUUUUCCACCACCAUCAACAAAACACCAACUGAUGGAAUUUGUUGUGGAAGAAUGGUGUCGCAUCCCUCCAAUAGAGUUCCAGACAGAGUAGAAUCUAUGCCAAGGCGCAAUGAAGCUGUUCUCACUUGUGGUGGCCCAACGCCCUACUGACACUUUGUUGGUUUCCUUUAUUUUCUGGCAGUUACAUGUAUGUUGCUCAUUAGUUACAGGGUGGUGAGGUGGGUUUACUGUUGUAAUGCUGUUGUUGGCUAUACAACUUUAUUCACUGUCAGAACACCUGAUGGGCCUGGGGCAUGCUCCGAGGGAUUCAAACAACAUUGUAGAUUUGAGGUUUAAUUUCUAGAGCUUACAUGAAUCCCUAUUCUACUAAUAGAGGCCUAGUAUUCCUCACCGACAUGUUAGUGUGCACAGUCCACUAUAUUGCUAAUAAAUUACAGGGUGGCGGUGAGUGGUUUUACUGUAUCUGGAAGGGCACCCGAGUGACAUGUUCAGCAGACAACACUGUUAGAUUUGUUCUCUAAAUCUGUCACAUCAGCUGCUGGACGUAUUGAAUGGAACAGAUUAUGGAUGACCUUUCCUAUAUUGAUCAUUUAAAUGCACUCUCGGGAAGAAUGUCGGCCAUUGAUUUAUACAUUUCUCCUCCGUCCACAGAAAAUCUCAAUACCACGGUCGGAAAAUCCGAAUGAGCUGCGGACGUUUACUUUCUACUUGUCCAAUGUGGGUAGAGACAACCCACAGGGCAGCUUCGACUGCAUUCAGCAGUACAUCACCAGGUGAGUGAGCACAGAGGCACUGUCCUCAUCCUCUCUUUGACAUACGACACAUGCAUCACUCACAUACGCGCAUAAUAAGCAUUAAUGCAUGCAAACACAGUUGACACUGUUUAUUUCAUAUGAAUUCUGUUUUGGAAUUAAGCUACCAUGAUUCCACUCUGUCAGUAGGUUUGAAAAAUUUAUAUUUGGACAGGCUAAAUUUAUGAGUGACUUUUUGUUUGCAAACGGAGGAGUUUGUUAACAUGGUUAAGAGCUGAACUGGAUUAGGAGAGUUCUGAAAGAUGUUUUGGAGGAGGACUUCCUGAUCACAGGCUUUGGUGCAGAGUGAGUGCCAUCUGCUCUCAAGUGUGCUCUCUGUCCUAUUUGCCUCCCAGUCUGAUCAAAGACAAAUGUUGAGCAAAUUAAUUGAAUUGGGCCAGAUGUCUGCGUAUUGAGGUGGAAGAAGAGGAACUGAGUCCCGGCUCUGACUAUCUCGUUUUUUAACACCCAUCAUGUCCUCAACCAUUUCUAAUGAGAGACUGGGUCGGCUGGAGUUCACUCAUCGCCCUGGAUCCUCAUGAGCCUCUAAUUCCACUAUAAACCAGAGGCAGAGCCACUGAGAGCUGCCAACUCCAUUUCAUCCCCUGCCAAACCGUCAUCAAAAUGAGGAGGAAUCAAAGGCAGGGAAAACCAGGAAAGAAUAGGAUUUGAUGCAACAUUGGUUUGAUAAUGUGGGAAUCCACAGUUGACUAGACAAUCAAAUUGUCUAGUCAAGGCAGUGGUAUGUCAUGAGUAUUAGCACGGGAAGGUGCUUUGGGCAGCAUGAGGCAAGGCUAAGGCAGAAAAUUGUUACAUUAAAAAUAUUAUACUGAAUGAACUUCCUCACUAGUCUUUUUUUAUAGGCAAUAAAAGCAAUGAUUUAAGUGUGUUUUCGUUACAUGUUCCUCAAACUGUCAGCUAAUGUCAUUUGGAUGCAGCUACUAUAAAGUUGAAGGUUUGUACCUUUUUUAGGGAAGCUAAGAGAAUCUCCCAAAGCGUGGGAGUGAGUUGACCUGUUAGUCUCUGUUUCUGUGUAACCGUCUCCUCCUCUGUUGUCCCAGUGAAGGGAGCAUUCAGCUGGACUGCCUGGGUGGGAUCCAGGACAAGAUCACUGUGUGUGCCACGGACGACUCCUACCAGAAGGCCAGGCAAAGCAUGGCUCAGGCAGAGGAGGAGACCCGCAGCAGGGGUGCUAUCGUCAUCAAGCCUGGGGGGAGAUACGUGGGUAAGGCCCUUCAACAUUACUGUUUACACAUUACCUUAAUUCUGGUGAAAAUGGCUGAGCUCACAGCGUAGGGAUAAUUGCAUGCUCAUGGUUCCCUGUGUGAGGCCCUAUGGGCUGGCCGGAUGGUUAGGUGCUCAGAGCUUCACACAGUUAUGUCUCUGACUCAGAACCAAACCAAAGAACCAACUAACUGCCCAGUCACCACAGAAACACCAUCACAGGUUCACAGGUGUCUGAUUUACAAGGAAGCAGCUUGUUCAAAUAUUUGUACUGUGGUGACUUUAAAGACAACUGGUUCAUUCAUGAAGUUCACCCUGAUAGGAGUGUGUUUGCUUUUCUCUGUUAGGGGGGUGUUUGCUUUUCUCUGUUGAAGAGAACUUCACACGGCCCUAGAACUCCUCAUUACAACCCCAACAUCUCAUGGUUAUAAGUCACAAAGGCUCAACCUUUCUGACACACAACAAUGUUGCUUUAAAAAAAAAAUUCUCAGGUAAGAAGGUGCAGAUCCGGAAACCAGCGCCUGGACUGUCUGACAUCGCUCCGUCGCGGCGGACUUCGCGGCCAGUCAUCAUCUCCAGCAGCACGGGGAAGAAGAGCACGGCGCAGCAGAGGCCCCUGAGGGAGCGCCUCACCCACCUGCUGGCCCUCAAGCCCUACAGGAAGCCAGAGCUCAUCCUACGCCUGCAGAAGGACGGCCUCUUGCCCUUCGACAAAGACUCUCUUGACAGCCUCCUGCAACAGGUUAGUCAAGUCAGUCACACUCGUAGGCAGGGGCGUUUCUAGGAUUUGUUUUUAUGGGGUGGCCAAGGGGGGACCAAGAACCAGUCAUGGGUGGCCAUGGGAAAUCAGCAAAUUGUAUCACAAAUAGCGUUGAAAAUUGGCUUAAACUACGAUGUAUUGUUAAUUUGUAUCUGCCCUAAUUUAUUCAAAUAAAUCCAUUUGAAAAUGAACAGGGAAAAUAUUGAAGUUAGGUACAUGUUCAGUGGUAACUCCCCCUCCAAGGAUCCCCCCCUGAAGCUGAUAUACUGCAUUUAUAUACAAUUUAAAAGUUUUAAAGCUAGAAUCCGCAAUUGAAACAAUAACAAAGUGGGCUCCCCGCCGUUUGGUUUGCUAAAAAGCUGAUGGAUGGGCCUGGAGAAAUGUAACCACUCUCAAAUUCAUAGACAGCUAUGGAUGCAAGGACUGCCCAUUCAUGAAAUCAAAAUGAUAGUUUUAACCAUGUUUUGAGGCUAUACAGUGUUUGUUUACAUUUACGUUUAUAAACAUUGGGGUUAAAAUAAGCUUAUAUUUUGUGUUCUGAUUGGGUACGACAGUUGAACUAAGCUCAUAUUCAUCAAGAGUCAAGGGGUGUAUCUAUAAUUCAUUUAUACGUUUGAAAAAAUCAGCCCUCGCAGAGAACGCGAUUGAACUUCACUCAUUUUUCCACGUUAGUAAACAGUACUAUCAACGUUUCCCUCUGUGGGAAUUGUAAUCUAAUCAAUUUAAAAGUAUCCACUUUCAAUGCAACAUACCGAAACAAAACAAACUAUGUAAGAUGGUUUUUUCACCAUGCUAAGAUUAUUUAAUGAGAAUGCCACUACAUCGUAAAUAAGCACAACAAUUGCACAGUCUGGAAUGAUCUAGUCAUUAACGGCGCAAAACGAUGAUAUCGCAAUAUUUGGUGUAGCAUUUUCACCCAACCCUAAUGCAAGACUUCGUAUGCAAAACUAACUAUGCAGGAGAUUUUGCAGAGCGCAUCGGAGUAGGAUUCUAUUGCAUUGACAGGCACGAGCGGUCAGGAGUAGAUGCACUUGUUUUGAGAUCCUUGCGAGAGCUCCAUGUAGCCACGUGUGCACAUUUGUUCAUAUUCUUUGCUAGUUAGGGAGUUAUUAGCCCAGUUAUAGCUCAUUUAUGGUCAGCAAUGCAUGAGUGGAACCUUCCAACGAGCACAUUUCUAGACAUCUUUGAAAAGCGAGUCAGGUAAAGAGCUUUUUUAUGUCUUAAAGGGGCAGUGUUGUAUUUUCAGACAGGCUUGAAUAAACUAAGUAGCCAAUACGCGGAGGGUAGCAUACAUUUUUGUCUGAUUCUCUGUAGUAGUAGUGGUGAUGAUGAUGAUAUGUGAAUAAAGUGUUUUCUUGCAUCAAACGCAAUACAAUAUUUUCAGUCACCUCCUUGUCUGAAGGACAAGUGGAUGAACAGGUUAAUGUCAAACCCUGCAUGUUUUUUCAAAAGUCUCUUGGAAUGCAGGCCUACAUUGAACACUAUUAAUGUAGGCUGAAGGAUAGAACACCUAUUUCCAUGUUAAAAUGUUAUGGGAUAGAUUUUCUCAGUUUUUUAUGGUAGGCCACUCUGGUAGGCCUACAUUAUGAUCCAUUUAGUCGAUUAUUUGGUCGAUAGGCUGUUGGUCGACCGAGAUUUCUUUAGUCGAGCAAGUAGCAAAAAGUAGCUUAGUAUAGCAGCCUUGUAUAACCACCAUCAAGCUGUAGGCCUAAGAGCGCAUCCUGUUUAGUCUUAAUACCGUAACUUACCCUAUAUUUCAAUACUUAUAUAGGCUACUGUAUCAAUCAAUCAUUUAUUAGUUAAUUCUUGAUUCAUUCAUGAUUAGAAAUGCAAUCAAGCGUUUGUUUUGAAAAUAAAAUGACAAAGCAACCAUUGAAUAAUUAGUGAAUAAUAAAUAGGCCUAAACCGUUCCAUUUCGGAAAUUGCAUUCACGAAUUAAUGUGACUGUUUUUAGUCUUUGCUGUAAUAAAGUUCUUACAAAAAAAAACUAAAAAAUUUUACAACGGACUCUGGUACGCUUAGUUUUUACAUUGUUCUGACCGGUCUGAAAAGUUGUAUUGUAAUCUAACAGCACCUGUUUGGCACACAUAAUAUGACACAGCACUUGCUCCUCCUUUGUCUUGAUCUCCAGUAUUUUCCACAACUAGUCAAAUUUAUUCCACACAUCUGACUUCCCGUUUACCUCCUGAGCAACCAGUAAACAUUCCCCAGUUUCGAGUUUAUUUGUUACGUCCUAUGCAUCCGAUUUGCUGUUAUGUGUUCAGAGUUUGUUAUAAUCAAUGUAUUAAUUGUGAUUAUGAUAUGCUAUUGGCCUAGGUCAGGCCCUAUUGGUCACAUGCAUAUGAUGCAUACCUGUGUCACGUAAAGAGCGCAAGGGUUGAGGGAAUAGGGAAUGUUUUUCCUAAACAAAUGAGGGAUUUCGGUAACAACUUUUCAGUCAGAAAUGGCUGUAAUUAUGUUGCAGCUUCAGCAACACAGACAGCGCGAUACACAAUGUGAUGUUCUGUGGUGGUUGCUGCAGCAAGGAGGAGAGAGAGUGCUAGUCAGUCACUCGCUGUCGUUUUUUUUUUUUUUUUAACACAGCGCUGCAAGUCUGAGCCAGGCCCGGCACAAUCAAGUCAAUUGCGGUCGGACUCCCUCUAGUCAUUUUUGUGUCUUAAUUAUUUCAUUGAACAGUUCGCUUAAAAUGUCAGACAAGCUCAGUGCAUAUAGUUGAUUUGAUUUAAACACAUAGGAUGUGUUUAUAUAUGGAAAAAUACACGUUUGAAAAUGUAGACCAAUCGAUUUUUAGUCGGGGACAGCCUUAGUUAAAACUAACAGAGUGGGUACAUCCUCUGUGUUCACAGUGAACACACGAUUGAAGUUCCACUGAAUUUUCACAACGUACAAGUUUGCGCUCAGCAGACCUGAAAUUUGCUCGGUGCCGAAAAUAAUUAGAGAGAACAUUGGUCCCAAAGCCAGCCCACUAAACUGCCAGAACAAACAUGCUGUAUUUUCUCUCCAAUCUGAGCCAGAUUGACAGCGCUCUGACCCAAUGAGAAUGGGGGGGGCACAAAGGGUGGCUAAUCAUCUUUCAGGCCGGUGCCACCCCUCUUAUAACACCCAUGCUCAUAAGGUAUAAUGCCUCUCACAGCAGGUUGGGUAUAUUGGGUCUUGGCAGACCGAGGGUCCUUCUGAGCUCAGUGUCCUACAACAGAUAAAUUAGUCACAGGACCCAAGCCUCCUACAGGACCCAAGCCUCCAAGACACUUAGAGCCAGGGCUUAGCCUGUGGUUACAGGUAAGUCCUAGCCAGCACUGAAGCCCACUGCAAACAGGUCAGUCACUGCCAGUGGUGCAGGGUAUUAAUGGUGCAUUUUUUGAGAAUAGGCUUAGGAAAUGCUUUCUUCUAGAAUACUGCAUCAUGGCAUUAAUGUAAUGCACUGAUUGCUGUCACUUGUCUCUAGGUGGCUAACCUAAAUGGGAGAGACAACACCUUCACAUUGAAGGACUCUUUGUUUAAGGACAUUCAGAAGGACUGGCCAGGCUACACUGAGGGAGACCAGCAACUUCUGAAGAGGAUCCUUGUUCGGUAUGUGCUAGGUGGUGCUUUAUUACUAUAUCACAUCACAUAUUAAACCAAUGCUUUUGUGUGUAGCGCCACGUCAACAACUGCCAGCGGCAUAAACCAGCAAUAAUGGUACUCCUGAGUGGCGCAGUGGUCUAACUGUGCCACUAGAGAUCCUGGUUCGAAUCCAGGCUCUGUCGCAGCCGGCCGCGACCGGGAGACUCAUGGGCGGCGCACAAUUGGCCCAGCGUCGUCCAGGGUAGGGGAGGGAAUGGCCGGCAGGGAUGUAGCUCAGUUGAUAGAGCAUGGCGUUUGCAACGCCAGGGUUGUGGGUUCGAUUCCCACGGGGGGCCAGUAUAAAAAAAAUAAAAAAAAGAUGUAUUCACUAACUGUAAGUCGCUCUGGAUAAGAGCGUCUGCUAAAUGACUAAAAUGUAAAUGUAAAUAAUGGAAUCAUCCCCACAUUGGUUUCUGAAGUUUAUCACCUCAGCUUUGUGUGUUGGUUUAAACAAACUUCCAUAGAAUUCCAAAUAUGCUCAGGAAUAGUAGAUUGUAGUCUGAAACCAGGCACUGCUCUCUCUGUGUGGAUCCCUGCCCUCAGUUUUUUUUUCUUGGUGGGACCCAGUGGAAAAAGCUGGUUUCUCAAGAUCUGGGGCAGUAAGGAAAUGCACAUCCCAGCUAAAUUUAGAACAGGCGCUUAGCUGGGUUUACUGAGUUGACCCAAAGUUGUUGGACUCAGUAUAGCAGGGAAUAUUUCACACUCUCAAUUAUUAAAUGUUUCUGUGGAAGUUAUCCCAAAAUAAUAUAUUUAUACCGAUUUCUGGACUGGACUUUGAGCUUGGCUACCUUAUGAGCUGACCACCCUCCCUCCCCUAAAGUUUAAACACCAGCCGUAGUCACGCAAGAGUAGUGCAGCAAAAUGAUCUGAAGGCCUGUGAUGCAACACUGUUCCAGCACAUGCUGAUCCAUGUUUGAGGUGGCACUGGUCCAAGGUCCAGGCCUGGGCUUGCUAGGCUUCAGUUGCGACUUGACCACAGCACAGCAGCCAGCCUUUCCCCUAGUCUGCUCUAACCAUAUCUCUCUGUCUCUCCUUCUCUCUCUCUCUCUCGGGGGUUUGGAGAUUUCCCCGUGUAUCCCACUGCCCCCUACUGUCAACACUCCUCUACCAACAUACACAAAUAAUAUUCUGUUUAUGUACACAUUACACACCCUUUGUAUACUCUUUUUAUUCAGCUGCAACUUAGCAUCUCACCCAAGGCUUUGUCAGAGAUCUGUUUAUGAUGUCUGACUUGUGUUAAACCAGGUCUGUUUUAUUUGCAUCUGUCUGAGACUAAAUGGCAUUGAGAUGAGGGAAAUAACAGAAUGUAGUGCAAGGCCACCUUAAUGCGGUCAUGUGCCAAUAUGUCACAGGUCCAUUGGAACAGGGAAUAGAGUUAAACUUGGAGUUGGCGCUAUGCAUUAAGACAACCACCUAGCACUAGUUUCAUUGCAGACUUGCCAACUCAAUGGGGCUCUACUUGUGAACAUUAGAGAAGGUUUGUUUAAACUUUUUCUCCAUCUCAAAAUGCGCAUCAGCCAAUUAAAACCGUCAAAGUAGUUGCUCGUGAUCACACGCUAUAUGUUAGCUGUUCCCCUCAGAUAACCUGGCAGACUUAGCUCUGUGCUAACCUGCACAGCUGGCAGUGAUUAUAUCUGAUUCAAAUUCCAUAUCACCCAAUUAAACUCGUUGACGUACUUGGAUGUGAUCCAACACUUGUUCAAAUAGCUCUCUGUGUAGUGCCUAUCUCCACGUAAUUGUCGCAGAUUAUGGCAAGGGUUUGAAUAUCACAUUAAUUUUCCCCCCCUUUGAAAUGUAGAAUUACAUUUAUUGUGUUGAGAAGAGAAGUGGAGCCAAAAUAUUGUAAAUGAAGGUUACGAAUACAUUUAAUGAGGAUGUUCUUGUUGAACUCACUCUUGCAGGCCGACACAUUGGCUACUGGCACUGUUACAUAAAUAAUCAUCGCUGCUAUAGUACAUAAACAUGUAGGCAACACUUACAUGUACAAUAUUUAAUAUGCGUAAUUCUAAUCAUCCACUUCGUCUCAUAUGCGCUGUUUGAAUCGAGGACCAGCAGUGAACAGUGUUUUCCUUAACAAAAAUGUUUGACGUGAGGGUAGGGUUCAAACCCACGGAUAAAGGAAAGGUUCACCCAUUUUGAAUGUUGUUUUUGUGCAUCUCUGAUGUAUCGAUUCCCUGGGUCAUUUAAUGUUUUCAUGUGUAUCUGCGUUAUUGGCGUUCAAGCAGGCACAAAUCCGUCCGGAUGUAGCACUGUGAUGAAGUCUCUUUCACAACACUGAAAGUUAAUAGGAAUACGACUUGUAGAUCGCGAAAACGUCUAUCAUACAUGUCCAAUUUCAAUACUGGCCGAUGCCAUAAUUCUCGAAUGAGCCAUUGAUCAUAUUUUUGCGAUAUUCCUACCUCUGGAAAUUUGAAAUGUAACGCAGGAUCUAGCAUGUUUUUCCUAUGUGUCUGCCUCUUUAUUCCAAGGUGCAUUGCAUGGUGCCGUUGCCAGAGAUAUUAUAGAAAGGAGAUAGGAAUUCAAUGAAUGAAGGAACGUAUAACGCCCCACCCAGCAGACUGUCGACCAAUCGCGUUCACGUUGUCAUUAUGGAGACACCUAUUUCCCAACACAUUUCCAUAAAACCAUAUUAACACUCUAGAACUGAUGCACAUCAAGAAAUAAGUCGACAAAGCACAGGAAAACGACUUUAGGCGCUCUAGAACGCAUUCAAAAAUUUCGCUAAAUUCAGUUCAUUCUAAUGUCGACUUUGCUUAUGGAAAACAAUAUAAAGCGAAGGGUUUUACGCAUCCUCAAUUCUUGGGUCUCGGGUGCUGCCCGAGUAGAAAUGUGCCUCUGUUGGCCAUCAAGUAGCCUAUUAAUUUAUAUGCCAUUGUGGGCUACCAUUUGAUACAAUAAAUAUAUUGAAAUGACGAUAUCACUGGAGUCAUUGCAAAUCAAUUUGUGCCACUUGUGUAGCCUACCUGAAGCUGGCAAAACAAUUUAAUAAAUAGCCUAUAACUUCAGUUUAUUGUUGUUGUAGCCUUGUCUUAUGAUGCAAUUAUUAGUGGACAUGUUUAGUUAAUUAAAUUGGAAGCUAUCAAAGCUCUAUCGCAAUUGCCGAUCAGUUGUUAGAACACAUUAGAUUGACGUAACAUUAGUCAGAUUAGGCUACAAGUUAAAACAUUUAAAUACUGGCUGUUGUUGACAAGCUUUUUCACUUCAUAUAUAUAUAUUAUUAAUAUUUAAUUCACAGAUUUUUAAAUUAAGAGCCCAUUCUCAGUAGCCUAUUCCAGCAGGGUAUUGGGGGAAACAAGCACUUCCUACCUCAAUCGCCUCGCUAUUAAUGUUGAAUAAAUGUGUCUGUUAAUUUGAACUAAGCAAGCUGCUAAAUCGUUCAGUUUACAUCUUGCCUACAUCUUGUCUAGGCUACUGUAGACUAUCUGAAAUUAGAUGUAGGCCUAUCAGGGGCUGUAGGCUACCUGCCUUUAUCCAAGCAAACAAUGGCAAAGUUGAAUUACAAUCAUAAACCCAGAUUUUAGUCUGUAGCCUAUGCCUAUUGAAAUGACAAGUCAAUCUUGCAAAUGGGCCAUUUUAUAAUGGUUUGUAGUCUUAACAUCUGGCAUGUAAUAACAGCACAAUUGCCAGAAAAUCGCCUAGCAUUAGUUUUUUUUCAUGUUCAUCCAAGUGUUUCUUGCUCAGAGAUUUCAAGAUCCUCUGUCCAACUUUCAUCACUCAAACUCUCUUGUCGGCUUUAUCUAUAGUUAUGCAUAUGCGCAAAGGGAAUUUAUUUACAAUUAUAAAUCUGGUUUGAGCCCUGAAUGCUGAUUGGCUGAAAGCCGUGGUAUAUCAGACCAUAUACCACAGGUAUGACAAAACAUUACUUUUUACUGUUCUAAUUAUGUUGGUAACCAGUUUAUAAUAGCAAUAAGGCACCCCAGGGGUUUGUGGUAACAGAUAACGGCUGUAUCCAUGCACUCUGUGUUGCGUCAUGCUUAAGAACAGCCCAUGGCCAUGGUAUAUUGGCCAUAUACCAUACCCCCUUGUGCCUUAUUGCUUAAACAUAGCAGUCAAACGAGUUAAAGCGACAUCCAUUGAUGGAAAAUGAUCUGGCGAGUUUAAUAAGGGCAAAUUAUUUUCUUCUGCGACAUAUUCAAAUUCCUUUAUUACUUAAUGUCAUAGCUCGCAGUAAUUAUUCUUUUGAGAAAAACUAUAUUUUGCUUUUCUAACGUCGUUACAAGUUACGAUAUUAUUUUUUAAUUGGCUUGGUAACGUUGUCAAAAAAGGGUUUAUUGUAUUCAUAUGGCAACUCCUCUCUUGCUGGGAAAAACAAAUGGGCUAGUUUUCAGGCCGGUUGGGCAGGUUCUGAGUGGAAAUUGUAGCAGACCCAACCCUGCGUAGCAUGGGCAACAUUUCCCAUCUCUUCAAAAGUAUAUCUGCCGUUGCGAAUGUUGGACUCCACUCUGUGAGGCACAUCUAUCUGCAGGUUGAACAUGGUGAGAGUGUGGACUUCUAAAUUGAUAGCUGUACAAUCGCCUAAACAAAUUGCACUAACUAGCUACUUUACAUGCUGAUAUUGUCUUUGGUAUUAUUGUGUGUAGCUACAUUUGCUAGCUAGCUACCUAACUAGCCAGCCAGCCCAUAGAGAGAGCAUUGCAUUGUGGAUUGUUUUGUAAUCGACUUGAGCUGCAAUAGGUUUCCACAACGAUUUUCCAUGUUGCUACCAACUUUAUUAUAAUGCCAAAAUGAAACAUUUGUUCACCAAACAUAUUGUUCUUACAUAUUAGUGUUAUUUAACCACACAUUCCUUUAAUGUACAGUGUUUUUGUUGGAUUUUUCCUUUUAAUGUGUACUGUCUUUUUAGUCAACCUCUUUGGCAGUGUGUAUCACCAGGAUGCGAUGAUGAUGGUACAGUGGCUUGCAAAAGUAUUCACCCCCUUGGCAUUUUUCCUAUUUUGUUGCCUUACAACCUGGAAUUCAAAUGGAUUUUUGGGGGUUUGUAUCAUUUGAUUUACACAACAUGCCUACCACUUUGAAGAUGCAAAAUCUUUUUUUUUGUGAAACAAACAAGAGAUAAGACAAAGGAUAACCCCCCCCCCAAUACUUUGUAGAGCCACCUUUUGCAGCAAUUACAGCUGCAAGUCUCUUGGGGUAUGUCUCUAAGCUUGGCACAUCUAGCCACUGGGACUUUUGCCCAUUCUUCAAGGAAAAACCGCUCCAGAUCCUUCAAGUUGGAUGGGUUCCGCUGGAGUACAGCAAUCUUUAAGUCAUACCACAGAUUCUCAAUUGGAUUAAGGUCUUGGCUUUGACUAGGCCAUUCCAAGACAUUUAAAUGUUUCCCCUUAAACCACUCAAGUGUUGCUUUAGCAGUAUGCUUAGGGUCAUUGUCCUGCUGGAAGGUGAACCUCUGUCCCAGUCUCAAAUCUCUGGAAGACUGAAACAGGUUUCCCUCAAGAAUUUCCCUGUAUUUAGCGCCAUCCAUCAUUCCUUCAAUUCUGACCAGUUUCCCAUUCCCUGGGAAAAACAUCCCCACAGCAUGAUGCUGCCACCACCAUGCUUCACUGUGGGGAUGGUGUUCUUGGGGUGAUGAGAGGUGUUGGGUUUGCUCCACACAUAGCGUUUUCCUUGAUGGCCAAAACGCUCAAUUUUAGUCUCAUCUGACCAGAGUACCUUCUUCCAUAUGUUUGGGGAGUCUCCCACGUGCCUUUUGGCGAAUACCAAACAUGUUUGCUUAUUUUCUUCUUUAAGCAAUGGCUUUUUUCUGGCCACUCUUCCGUAAAGCCUAGCUCUGUGGAGUGUACUGCUUAAAGUGGUCCUAUGGACAGAUACUCCAAUCUCCGCUGUGGAGCUUUGCAGCUCCUUCAGGGUUAUCUUUGGUCUCUUUGUUGCCUCUCUGAUUAAUGUUGCCUCGUCCGUGAGUUUUGGUGGGCGGCCCUCUCUUGGCAGGUUUGUUGUGGUGCCAUAUUAUUUCAAUUUUUAAUAAUGGAUUUAAUGGUACUCCGUGGGAUGUUCAAAGUUUCUGAUAUUUUUUUAUAACCCAACCCUGAUCUGUACUUCUCCACAACUUGGUCUUCAUGGUGCCCCUUGCUUAGUGGUGCCCCUUGCUUAGUGGUGCCCCUUGCUUAGUGGUGCCCCUUUCUUAGUGGUGCCCCUUGCUUAGUGGUGUUGCAGACUCUGGGGUCUUUCAGAACAGGUGUGUGUGUGUGUGUGUGUGUGUGUGUAUAUAUACACUGCUCAAAAAAAUAAAGGGAACACUUAAACAACACAUCCUAGAUCUGAAUGAAUGAAAUAAUCUUAUUAAAUACUUUUAUCUUUACAUAGUUGAAUGUGCUGACAACAAAAUCACACAAAAAUGUAUCAACCUAUGGAGGUCUGGAUUUGGAGUCACCCUCAAAAUUAAAGUGGAAAACCACACUACAGGCUGAUCCAACUUUGAUGUAAUGUCCUUAAAACAAGUCAAAAUGAGGCUCAGUAGUGUGUGUGGCCUCCACGUGCCUGUAUGACCUCCCUACAACGCCUGGGCAUGCUCCUGAUGAGGUGGCGGAUGGUCUCUUGAGGGAUCUCCUCCCAGACCUGGACUAAAGCAUCCGCCAACUCCUGGACAGUCUGUGGUGCAACGUGGCGUUGGUGGAUGGAGCGAGACAUGAUGUCCCAGAUGUGCUCAAUUGGAUUCAGGUCUGGGGAACGGGCGGGCCAGUCCAUAGCAUCAAUGCCUUCCUCUUGCAGGAACUGCUGACACACUCCAGCCACAUGAGGUCUAGCAUUGUCUUGUAUUAGGAGGAACCCAGGGCCAACCGCACCAGCAUAUGGUCUCACAAGGGAUCUGAGGAUCUCAUCUCGGUACCUAAUGGCAGUCAGGCUACCUCUGGCGAGCACAUGGAGGGCUGUGCGGCCCCCAAAGAAAUGCCACCCCACACCAUGACUGACCCACCGCCAAACCGGUCAUGCUGGAGGAUGUUGCAGGCAGCAGAACGUUCUCCACCGCGUCUCCAGACUGUCACGUCUGUCACAUGUGCUCAGUGUGAACCUGCUUUCAUCUGUGAAGAGCACAGGGGCCAGUGGCGAAUUUGCCAAUCUUGGUGUUCUCUGGAAAAUGCCAAACGUCCUGCACGGUGUUGGGCUGUAAGCACAACCCCCACCUGUGGACGUCGGGCCCUCAUACCACCCUCAUGGAGUCUGUUUCUGACCGUUUGAGCAGACACAUGCACAUUUGUGGCCUGCUGGAGGUCAUUUUGCAGGGCUCUGGCAGUGCUCCUCCUUGCACAAAGGCGGAGGUAGCGGUCCUGCUGCUGGGUUGUUGCCCUCCUACGGCCUCCUCCACGUGUCCUGGUGUACUGGCCUGUCUCCUGGUAGCGCCUCCAUGCUCUGGACACUACGCUGACAGACACAGCAAACCUUCUUGCCACAGCUCGCAUUGAUGUGCCAUCCUGGAUGAGCUGCACUACCUGAGCCACUUGUGUGGGUUGUAGACUCCGUCUCAUGCUACCACUAGAGUGAAAGCACCGCCAGCAUUCAAAAGUGACCAAAACAUCAGCCAGGAAGCAUAGGAACUGAGAAGUGGUCUGUGGUCACCACCUGCAGAACCACUUCUUUAUUGGGGGUGUCUUGCUAAUUGCCAAUAAUUUCCACCUGUUGUCUAUUCCAUUUGCACAACAGCAUGUGAAAUGUAUUGUCAAUCAGUGUUGCUUCCUAAGUGGACAGUUUGAUUUCACAGAAGUGAUUGACUUGGAGUUACAUUGUGUUGUUUAAGUGUUCCCUUUAUUUUUUUGAGCAGUGUAUGUGUGUGUAUAUAUAUAUUAUAUAUGAGAUCAUGUGACACUUAUAUUGCACACAGGUGAACUUUAUUUAAGUAAUUAUGUGACUUCUGAAGGUAAUUGGUUGCACCAUAUCUUAUUUAGGGGCUUCAUAGUAAAGGGGGUGAAUACAUAUGCACGCACCACUUUUCCGGUAUUUUAAUUUUGUAAAUUUUUUAAGCAAGUUUUUCACUUCACCAAUUUGGACUAUGUUGUUUAUGUCCAUUACAUGAAAUCAAAAAAAUUCAAUUUAAAUUACAGGUUGUAAUGCAACAAAAUAGGAAAAACGCCAAGGGGGAUGAAUACUUUUGCAAGGCACUGUACAUGACAGCUAUUUGAAAAGGCCGUAAGGCUCUUCUACUUUUUUUUUCUUCCGAUGUGCAGUAAACUUAAAUGUUGUAUAGACCUUUAUCUUUUUUCUGCAAAAGCACAUGGAUGUGUGUUAAACGGAUUAGCAAAAACAUGGGAUUUUGUCAUAGGCCUAUAUGUGAAAACUUGCCUUUUUAAUUUUGUUUAACGUUAGUAGCUAGUAGCCUAGUUAAGAAUGCAUCAUGCUAUAUUGUCACUCUACACUUUAAUCUGGAGGUUUAAAAUAUCCUGCUGGUGGUCAAUUUGACCUAUUUUAAGAAAUGCCAUUGGUUGGUGAUAAAAUAUAAGAUCUUUAAUAGGCUGAUGGAGAAUUUGUUACAGGAAAUAAUCACUGCCACCUGCUCAGGUUAGCAUAGGGUUAAUUAAAUGUGCCAGGUUAUGUAAUGGGAACAGUUAACAUGUAGCGUUUGAUCAAGUCCAACUAUGUUGAUGAUUUUAAUUGAUUGAUGCGCAUUUUGAGACGGAGAAAGUUUUAACUUAAAAUUUUUCUAAUGUUCGCAAGUAUGGCCCAAUGUGCCUCGACCUACUUCAGCAGUAGAUUUAACCCAAACUCUGGACGUUUUUCCCCAAAUAAUGAAUGUCUGAAUUUUGUGCUCUCAGCAAUGUAUUAUUUAUGUAUCUCUGUAUGGUGACUCGGCUUCUGUGACCUGCUUUGUUUUAGGAAAAUGAGUCAGGCCCAAAGUCAGACUCCGAGCAUGACCACCACCACAGUGGCUCCGCCACCUCCAGCUGAGGUCCCACUCCCAGUGAGCCCUCCCAAAGAGCUGGCCAGCAGCUCCCCGUUGCAGGUGAGCCUCCUCUUCUUCCUCCUCUUCUUCCUCCACUUUCUUCUCCUCUUACAUUUCAGUCAUUUAGCAGACGCUCUUAUCCAGAGCGACUUACAGUAGUGAGUGUAUACAUUUUCAUACUUUUUUCUCAUACUGGUCCCCCGUGGGAAUCGAACCCACAACCCUGGCGUUGCAAGCGUCGUGCUCUACCAACUGAGCUACACGCGCCUCCGCCCCCUUAUUCUUCUCCACCUCCUCCUCACAAAGCGUCCUCACAGGGCCUUCCACUGUUUGUGGGCCCAUUAGGAGGAGUUGCCAAAGAUGUUUAUAACUAAACCAAGAUGGACCACAGCUUGUCAUUUCCAAUGGGAACAAAUUAGUCAUAGUGGGCAGAACAAGCAAGGAGCAUUUAUACAUCCAGUGAAAUAUCUAUCUCAUUGUUCUAUCUGUGGAGUUACUGUAGAUUUUAUUAUUAGCUCCUUCCCCUCUGGGUUUUCACCUCAGACACCUCAUGUCCUUUCCCUUCUGUUCCCUCCCUUACACAUUAGAAAAUACACACUCCAGUCUCCCCCUCCUUCGUACACACACAAACGCGCAGUGGUGUUGAAAAUAGGAAGUUUUGGAACACUAGCUGUAAACAGAAACCCACAGCGGAGCAGUUGUGUAUGUGGCCAGUCUGGCUUAGUGAGAGACGUUCGAGGAGUUCUGCCAAACUAAACAGGUUAAGGAGCCGUGCAGGUCCACAGGGCUUCAAACUGGGCCUAGUGUUAUUUCAGAACCAAGGACCUCCUGCUCCACUGUGAUUAGGUCAGCCACUUCUAAAGUUGUUAGUGUAUGCAGGGUCAAUUGAAGUCUGCUAGUAAUACAAUACCAUGCAUUGUGUGGAAAGGACACAGUCAUCAUACACCCAGUGUAGCUGAGUUCCCUUUCACUCUGACCUUCUCUGCUUCACACCAGCACAACACAUUAACUUCAUUUUUGCUCAUUUCCAUAAGUUAAUUCUCAGGAUUUUUGUAUAUAUUCUUUAUCUUGAUGUGUCAUUAAUAGAAACUAUAGCUCAUAGUUUUUCUCAGAAUCCUUAGAGGGGAAAUGAGUCCACAUUCCCAGUUUUAUUUUGUGCCUCAAACUCUGUUUCUGCCAGAAACGGCCGGCUGCGGAUUUCAUCGAUCCACUGGCCAACAAAAAGCCCAGGAUAUCACACCUUGCCAACAAGGCAGCAGGACCAAUAAAUGGCAAGCUGAGUUCCUCUAAUGGGAAGGAGGUGAGCGGGGCCGUGGUUGCGUCAGUGGGAGACGGUGUGACGUCCAGCUCCCAGCUCCCCCUGCUGGACAUCCCCCGGCCUUUCGACCCACUCUCCGACGUCAGCAACGACUCCAGCCACAAUGGCCGGGACUGUGAGGGCCAGGAGGCAGCCGUGGCCGAGAGGCUGAGCCAGCCACCCGUCUUCUCUGGGCCUGCAGCACUGUCCGUACCAAGCCUGGGCCCCUCGUCCCCCAGACACACGGGCCUCGACGGUCCCCGAGGCAAGAGCUCCUCGCCCUCCCUGCACGGCAAGUCCAAGAAGAAGUCCAAAAAACACAAAGACAAGGAAAAGUCCAAGGAGAGAGGAAGGGAGAGGGAAAGAGAAAAGGAGAGGAAGGUAGUCGAGGAGCGAGUUCCUGAACCAAGAAAGGCCUGUGACAUCAUCACCUCCUGCCCUGACAACCUGAAGAGCAGCAGUAUUCCACACAGGAGCACAGGUGAGUUGUCAUAGUAUAGAGAUCUAUAGUCAUUGUUUGUAGUCAUCACAUUGGUACUCAGUUAAAUUAGGUGACCGAUUGGAAAAAUUGGGGACCUCUACUGCUAAGCAUGAUUUCAGCUCAUGAAUUUUAAACCAGGUAAUUCAUCAGACAUUUUGCACAAUGGAAAGACAACACAUACUCAUCCUUAUAUUUCACACAUCUGAUUUGUCCCAAUUGAAAUGAAUUGAUAAAAUGUAUGUAUGAACGCUAUACCUAGAUUACUGCAGUCUGCGUUCUUGUGAUUGGAAGCUCUGACUGAUGUAAGUGAUAAUGAAUAGUGAGUCUUCAUGGAUCGGCUUCAAUGGAGAAAGGUUUUCAAGGCUAUCUUACAAAGUCACCUUGUGCUUCCUUUCAGAUCUCAAUGGAAUGUGCAACAACACCAGUGUUCCUUCGUCAUCGACUGAGAUGGCAGACUAUUUAUCGUAAGCGCUUCCUUCCUCUUACAAAACCACAAACAUGUAUAAUGAAAUGACUUUGUUUCCAGUAACCAAUUCUGACGACAUGGAAAGUGCGCAAUUGAAUCACUCCUCUUUCUUAGUUCUGUGUUAUUUUUCCUCUGAACAGGAAGUAUACUGUGAUUGGGUCUUCCGAGCAGCGUCAGACCUACAAGAAUGACUUUAAUACUGAGUACAGUGAGUACCGGGGCCUCCACGCUCGGAUAGAGGGCAUCACUCGACAGUUCACUGUGCUGGACACUGAGCUCAAGCAGCUCCAACAAGGCACAGACCAGUACAAGGUACGCCCCCUGGAGCAUGCUGACUACUGUUCUGCCUAAGCACUUCAGCUGCGCUAUGGUGCUGUCCUGAGUUCUUUUUGUUCUAAUGUUCAGCUUCAGGAUAAAAAUUUUGUUAAUUGUUUUGUCAUUUUGACUUUUCUUUUACAGACAAUCCACAAUCAGAUACUCCAAGAGUAUCGUAAAAUAAAAAAGGUAAGCUUUGCAUCUGGGAUCAUAUUUUUCUCAUAAAGCUGCUCAGGUCAUUUUUCAACAAAUACUGAUUGUUUUUCUUUCCCUCACAGACGAAUCGAAACUAUAGCCAAGAGAAGAACCGCUGUGAAUAUCUACACAACAAACUGGCACAUAUAAAGAAACUUAUAGCAGAGUAUGAUCAUCAGCAACUUCAUAACUGGCACUAGAUUGACAUUGUUUUCUCUUUCUCUCUGGAAACCAGACAGAGAAAGAGAAACUGGAUUCUGCUUGCUCUAAAAGUACUUGUUAAAGAUGCCAUGAAGGGAGUAUUCCCCUCAUUGGGGCCAAAAGCACUAGUGAGGACAAAGCAGACCACAUUAUAUUUUUUCUUUUUUUAAGACUGUGGCAUGUUUGGCCAGAUCUCUGUGUAGCUACACUGCAUCCGGAAAAGCUUUGUGGGGUGUUUCUCAUACUCUCAGUCCCACGUUAGUGCACAGAGAUUUCUCAGAGUAGAAAUGGAAAAUCCACAUUCUUUGGAGAUCUCCAAACAGCCUUUCCUGGUUUGUAGACUGGG